GGAUGACGGAACGGUAGGCAUGAAGUAUAAGACAUAGCUGUCCUCAAUUAUAUUUAUUUCUUUUGCUCAUCCUGCUAUUGCCCUAUAACUGGUAAAUGUUUCAUCGUCUUUCACAGCAUCUAAGACACAUACAAGUCCGAGAGACAUCAACCAUGGCAGACAGACAACCGAACAUCACUCUCUACACUACCGGAACGCCCAACGGCAUUAAGGUCUCUAUUGCCUUGGAAGAAUUGGGAAUCCCAUACAAAGUCCAUGCGAUCGAUCUCCGGCAAAAUACCCAAAAAGAGCCGUGGUUCCUCGAGAUCAACCCGAACGGGCGCAUCCCUGCGAUCACUGAUACUUUUUCCGAUGGCAAGCAGAUUACUAUCUGGGAGUCCGGGAGCAUCUUACAGUACCUAGCCGAGCAAUAUGACAAGGACUAUAAGAUCUCGUACCCCAGGGGAAGCAGAGAGUCAUACGAGGUGAACAACUGGCUACACUUUCAGAUGGGUGGAGUUGGGCCUAUGCAAGGCCAGGCGAAUCACUUCCUUCGCUAUGCUCCCGAACGAAUUGAAUACGGUGUCAACCGCUACGUCAAUGAAACCCGUCGCCUGUAUGGCGUGCUUGACCGGCAUCUCGCCAAGUCCAAGUCCGGAUACCUCGUCGGUGACCACAUCUCCAUAGCCGAUAUCGCUCAUUGGGGAUGGAUUGCCAGCGCUGGAUGGUCUGGCGUAGACAUCGAUGAAUUCCCGCACCUCAAGACCUGGGAGGAGAGAAUGUUGCAGCGUGAGGGCGUCGAGAAGGGAAGACACGUUCCCACUAGGCAUACGGUUAAGGAGCUGUUGAAGGAUAAAGAGCGGAUGGAGAAGGCCGCUGCUGAGAGUCGAGCGUGGGUGCAGGCCGGGAUGAAGGGAGAUGCCCAAAAAUGAGCUGCUAUGAUGUGAUUCGUUAUGGGUACUCCGUAACCAUUAUGUAUGUACAUAUGUACUCCGUUUAUCCUGAAGAGU